AGCACCGUAUCGCAGCGGUGUGGAACUAUCGGAGCUCUGGCCAAGAUUUAUCGAUACCGACCAGAUCAAACAGCAGCAGGAUGAACAGCGCAGCUUUGUAUCCCCCUGCCACCGCCCCUCCAGCCAACAUGUUUGGCAACGUGCCUGGCUAUGAAGGCACCAUGGCAGGAGGAGGAGGUUACCUGCCUCCUCCAAUGCCUGUGGAGCCUGUAGCCCCGCCCCAACCUGGCCCUGCACCUGACGACUGGAGCAUCCCGUCUCUGUCGGAGGAUGUGGCUCGUGAGGCGUUCAAGAGCUUUGCGUCAUCUCACUGCUGCUACAGUAACAGUCCUGCCAACGAUGGAGUCAUCACCAGCAUGGAGUCUUACAACACCUACAGGUACCGACUGGAGACGUUCACUGAGUCCAGGUCAACCGAGUGGGCCCACAAACCUCAUGAAGGUGAGCCGGCUGACUUCUACACCCAGACUGCCCCCCGGCCCUGGGAGAUCCAAGCCACGCCUCCCAGCCUCUUCUCCGAUCACACAGAGGAGAUCCGCGUGCCCUACACCUCCUCCAUCAAGGACUGCCACACCUGCCAUGGCACAGGGACUAAGCCAUGUGAUGAGUGCCAUGGAGAUGGAUAUAAACCGUGCUGGGUGUGUAACGGCUCUGGAACGAACAAUAACGACAGCUGCAGUCGCUGUAAUGCUACAGGCAAAGACAGGUGUACAGAGUGUAAUUCUCAGGGAACGAAGGACUGUGAUACCUGUCAAGGAAAACGACAGCUGCUGACCUACAUCAAUCUCAAAGUGGAGUGGGUUAACCAUGUGGAGGACCACGUGGUGGAGCAUACCUCUUCUCUGAACAUUGAUGACCUUCGCUCAGUGAGCGGGAAGGAGCUGUUCAAGAACAGCCAGUACCUGGUCUACCCACUGCUUGGGUUCCCAAACCCGGCCAUCUCUGAGGCCUCUGAGCGUCUGGUCAGAGAGCACCAAAGCAAGUACGCUCAGAACUCCAGGAUCCUGCAGCAGAGGCAGAGAGUCGAGUUGAUCCCCAUCUCUCAGGUGAACUAUAAGUGGAAAGGCGACUCUCACGUCUACUUUGUCUACGGCAACGAGCACCAAGUCAGUGCCGACAAUUACCCGGCAACCUGCUGCUGUGUCAUCCUGUAGACACACACACACACACCCACACACAGCUCAACUCAACCGUCCCAAGCUGUUUAUGUCUUUAUUGUUUCCUUUAAUACUACCCCCUCCCUCCAGAACAACCUUGGUUUUUCCACAGAAGUGGUCCAAUCAUUGCGACCAGUUGUUGAUCAGAUGUAAUCCUCACUUCAGAGCUGCCGUUUGGUGCUCAGGUCAAACAUAUUAAUUAAUCAUAUUCAAUGUGAAAAUGCUCCACUCUAAGUAAACAUGGCUGGAGGAAGUGAAGCUGUGAUGCUCUGCCUGGUGAUUAGAGGAAAUAAUGGACUUCAGCUGGAUUGUUGUUUCUGUCAUUCAUCCUUCAUAUCGAGAAUUAAGUAUGUCUGGAUAAAAUGUUUAUCUCUGACGUGAAGAACUGAGCUGCUGAUAUCCAAAUUUAAGAUUUUAUCCGUAAUAUAUGAGAAAAAUGUAUUUUAUGGUUUAACCAGCCUGCUGUCUCCUCAGAGUUCAUUAUUGUCUCUGUGUGGACGCUUGUGUUUACCACCAUGUCUCUGAUGUCAUGACCACUUACCAAGGAUAUUGUUCUGUUACAUUUUUACUGAAUAGUUCACUGAAAACACAUGCCUAUAUGUGCCAUUUAAUGUCCUCAGUAUUGCAUGGAAAUGUCAUGUCCAAAAUAUUGCCGUUUCAAGAACAAGCAGAAAGAAAAGAGAUAUGAGGUUAUAUAUUAUCUGAAAUAUUAUAAUCAGAAAGCGUAUAGAAUAAUAGAUCUGAUUCACCUGGUUUCUACCUGUGUUCUUAUCUGUGGUUUAAUGUUGAAGGUAGAAACCACUUAAGUGUUCAAAAUGCAGAGAUCAGAGGUUUCACUGCAAGCAGAUCAAGAUUUUCAUGUUUUGUUUUGUUUUUAAAUUUCAUGACUCAAAAGGCAGAAAUCUCUACCAUGAGCCCAGUCACACCAGAAAGUGUCAAAAUAACAUUUAUCCAUGUGUCUUCAAUGAAAUAUUUGGGUCUCAAAGCUUGACAACUACUCACUGCUCACAGGGCUAGUUGGUGAACUACCAAAGAUGGCGGGCUAACAGCUGACACACUGGUGCUAGUCAGUCAUAAUAGCUCUCAAAGUUUAUUUUCUCUGUACUUGGCCGCGUGUUCCCCUCUGACAUUUUUGUUCUCAGGAUUGUACAUCAUUUCAUUCCAUAAAGAGCUGCUGAAGCUUGGUGACCAUCAGUUAGCUAACGGUCAGCCAGCUGUGUGCUAACUAACUGUCAGCCAGCUGUCAGCUAACUCUCUGUUUGCUAACUUUCAACCAAAUGUCAGCUAACUGCCAGUUUACUUGCUGUCAGUUACCCAUCCAUUAGCUAACUGUCAGCUAGCUGUCAGUUAGCCAACUGUCAGCUAGCCGUCGGUUAGCUAACUGUCAGCCAACUAUCAGCUAACUGUCAGUUAGUUAACUGUCAGCCAACUGUCAGGUGACCAUCAGUUAGCUAACUAUCAGCCAAUUGUUAGCUAACCAUCAGUUGGCAAACUAGUUAGCUCCAUCGCUAAGAGGACAAUAAGCUUGCACAGUUUUUCGAGAGAGCUUCAUCCAUGUUGAACUUCCCAGCUCUCUGUUCCAUCAAAGGUCAGUCAUGACAAAACGUUUUGCUAAUUUGAAUUUUCUUCGCCACCAAGUGAAUCCACAGAUCGCAGUAAUUCCAUUGAAUUUAACUGAUUUAGUCACAAAAUUCUGCCAUUUUAAAUUCUAGUGUGACGGGGGCCCAUAGUCUUUUUUUCGUUUCUUUGUUUUACAGUUUGGCACACGUCUUGCCUUUCAUCAGGACAGGCAGAAUGAAUUUACCACGACAGCCUUAAUUUCCAAUAUAGAAACAUAUGUGUACUGUUAAAAACACAAGCAGUGUUAAAUAAAUCUGCCUGAAGUUUGUCACAUGCAGCUGUGACAAUGAACAAACCUCACCAAAGCGUUGAAACAGCAUUACUGAAUGUUUCAUACUUUCUGUAUUUUUUUAAUUACAUCAUCACGUCUUCAUAACGUUACAAUGUUAUCAUCAAUUUUAUCGAAGCUCCAAGUGUUUCCUGUCCUGCAUGAAGUCCAGUAAAGCUUCUCCAACUGCUUCUCUGUCACUCAGAGACAAUAACAUAACAGUCUGCAAGGCAUUCUGGGUAGAAGACAGGAAGGAAGAAGGAAUAAUGGCUGUUCUGGUCUGGAGAGAGAUGACUACUGACUAAGUUAAAGCAUUUCAUCAUCAAUGAGCUAAGAUCAGUUUUACUGAUCACAAGGUGUUUUUUUUUGUUAGAACUCAAAGUUUUUGAAUCUACUUAAUUAAAGUCACAGAAAUAAAUGUGAAGAAAUCGAUAUGCCCCUGAAUGGCCGCUGAAAUUGCUGGUUUCCAGACAACAUCGAACACAGCAACUAACAGGACGGAGCUAGCAGAAGCAUUUAAAGCAGCAGUGCAACAUAAAACCACACUAAGGCUAUGUCUUCGUCCAGACUGAAAGCAGGCAAGCAGUUAAAUAUUAAUGGUUCUAUUGCUUUAUAGCUUUGCGUGACGGAAGAAGCCUUCAGAGUUGUGCUGUUUCUUCUGUUUGUCUUGGCUGACAUCAACAGUUUUACCUCAGGACAAAAAUAUGCAACCUGUCCCUUUAAACCUGCCUUCCUGCAGUACAGCAGAACUCCUGUAGAGGGUGCUCUUUGUUUCACAGACUCUGCUGACCCCUGCCUUAUGACAACCAGGUUAUCCGUGACAAACAGGAGGGAGCCACUUCUGGUUUAUAGCUUUUACUGGUAAUAUGCAAACAGCAUUAUAUAUGUUUAUAGAUAUAUUAGUUCAUUUGAUUUUUAAAGGAACACAUUCACAUUCUGUAUUUCAUAAUAUUCAUGUAUCUUAUGUUUAUCUUCAGUAGUGCAAUAUACAGCGCAAGGUUGUUUUUUUUUUCUGUUGUCACUUUUCAGCAGUCGACUGUUAAGUCUUUGGUGUCAGAGCAUUUUUGGAAACACUAAACAUGAUGUUAAUGUGAUGUUGCUGGAAUGUGAUGAACCUUUAUUGAUGCUCCUGUAUCUGCAGUAUAAAUGUUUCAAAACAAAACAAAACAAUACUCUGACUAACAAACGUGUCUGCUACUAGCCUGAUGGAGCUGACGUUAUUACUCUGUACUCAGUAAUACUCUGCUGUUACACUAGAUUAUUAAUCAAAUGUUACAAACUGAAAAUAAACUCUGAGACUCACCUGCUUCUGUUACAUCUGUUUACGGUAUGGAGCCCCGAAACUGUGCAGUCAGACAAACAAAAAUACUAUACAAUACAUAAACUAAAUACAUUAACAAAUAAUAUUGGUAGUUCAUAAUUAAAAGA